CUGCCCUCUCUUUCCCAGCGGCAUAUCCAGCGAAGUGAGGAGUGGAGAAGAGACGGCUUUUGCUUCUUCCUUCUCUGCCUCCCGCUGUCGGGACAAAGGCGUUGCCAUGGAGACGUGUGAGGGGAAUUAUGGUUUUCCCACCUAGGCACCCACCCAUUCCCGUCCCCCAACAACGGUCUCUCUUUGACGAAAUGAACUUCUGUGAUGUGUAGAGUUCUAACAUGGUGGCUGGGACAAAAUCUGUCAUGGCGUCAGAACUCUGUAAAACAAUAUUGGAGGCAAAGCUAGAGAGGCACAAGAACUUAUUCUUAAAUUACCGAAAUCUCCAUCACUUCCCUUUAGAAUUGCUGAAGGAUGAAGGACUGCAAUACUUGGAGAGACUCUAUAUGAAAAGAAAUUCACUGACUACCUUGCCGGAAAACCUUGCCCAGAAGCUUCCAAACCUUGUGGAACUAUACCUCCAUUCAAACAAUAUUGUUGUUGUACCUGAAGCAAUUGGCUCCCUCGUUAAACUGCAGUUUUUAGACUUGAGUGACAAUGCUCUUGAAGUUGUAUGCCCAGAGAUUGGCCGCCUAAGAUCUUUACGCCACCUUAGAUUGGCUAAUAACCAACUGAAGUACUUGCCAGCAGAGGUUGGAGACCUUAGGGAGCUGCAGACGCUGGACAUCUCAACCAAUCAUUUGAUAACUUUGCCUGAAAAGAUGCACAUGUGCCUCUCUCUUCAGUACCUAACUGCUGACCGGAACCAUCUGUGGUAUGUCCCUCGCCAUCUCUGCCAACUUCCUAAUCUUAAUGAAUUGUCAAUGGCUGGAAACCGCCUUGCGUUCUUACCACUUGAUUUGGGUCGUUCUCGAGAACUGCAGUAUGUUUAUGUGGAUAACAAUGUUCACCUGAAGGGACUUCCCUCGUACCUCUAUAAUAAAGUUAUUGGCUGCAGUGGCUGUGGUUCUCCUGUUCAGAAGUCAGAGGUGAAGCUUCUUACCUUUUCAUCAGGACAGUUGACAGUUUUCCUCCCAGCAGAGGUGAAGUCAAUUGGGUCAGAGUCGGACCGCGUUCUGCCCUUGCAAGAGAUGGCCAUGCGGACACUGUAUAACACAUACUGCAGGUUUUUAAAAGAUUUGAAGUUCCUGAAUCCAAUCUCAUUACCCAGGAGUCUCUCGGAAUUGCUGUACUGCCCUCUGGGACACUGCCACCGUUGCAGCCAGCCCAUGUUUACUAUUGUCUACCCAAAGCUCUUUCCUCUGAGAGAGACACCAAUGGCUGGAUUGCAUCAGGGGAGGACAACUGUUAGUUUUGUGGCAUACUGCUGCUCCACCCAGUGUCUGCAGACUUUUGACCUAUUGAGUUGAUAAAUACUUAAAGCUGUUCAGGAGCAGCGCCAGUUUAAAGCUGCAUUAGGCUGUCUCCUGACGGUGCUGGGAUAGUGUGUGUGUGUGUGUGUGUGUGUGUGUGUGUGUGUGUGUGUGUGUCUGUUUGCACACGUCAGUGUGCGUGUGUGCCAAAGCAGCCAGAGGAGUGCCCGGCAGCGAACACGGAGAGCCACUUCAAUCCUGCACCCCUAUCAAAUUUGGAUGAAAGGCAGAACUCUCUUGGAAGCCUUUUGAUGCUCUGGCUUUCAUAAAGGUGAACACCUUCCUGUUCCUCCCCAGGCAGAAUGUAAAAUGCAACAAACAUCAAGCAGGCCAGCGACCUCCAGGACACACUCGUGUUUUUGCACGUAUGAUUCUAGUUGCAUUCAAAGCGGCUUUCAGCCACUCGGAUGAUAUAAACUGUUUUUUUAACCAACCAUUUGCAAUACUUUUAAACUUUUCUUUAACUUCCUCCUUACUUGGCUGUGUGAUACUGCCCUCUUUAAGAGUAGCCAUUUAAGGUAGCAGUUUAUUUGUUCUGGCCAUGUUGUUUCUCUCCGCCGCCACCACCACCACCCUUCUCUAUUUUUCCAUUCAGGAUCAAAUGUGUUCUCCUUUUCUCUUGACUGCCUAUUUGACAAUAAAUGAGAAUUACAAAUCUGUUCAUGGAAAAUAACUCUUGUCUGCAUACCACUUGCUGGAGCCUGCUUGCAAGUGGGUAAGGAGAAUUUGGAACUGACACUUGCAUGCGAGAUUGGAAGCCUUCAAGGGACCACCACUGGAAGCGACGAGAAAUCAAAUAUCGGACUUGUCAACUUGUAAUCCUGAGUUGUUGCAGAGCCAAUAAAGGUUAAAGGCAGCAGUAGGUUUGGAUGAGUCAAGGGGUUGCAUACUUAACCCUACUUACUGUGCACUUCGGGGGGGGGGACUUUAAAAGUAAUGUGAAUGGUGCUUGUUUUAAGGUGCAAAAUGGUGCGGUCUUCAUAACACUAGUUUCAAUACCCUGGUUGAUUUUUCCAGAAUAGCUUCAGUCAAACAUUCUGACAUCUGGGGAGGCCACAGCAGGGAAAGUGAAACAAACUCACUUUUUCCUAACAUAACUUUUAAAGGGCUAUGAUAGCAUUUUAACUUGCUUGUGCUCAAGAAGUGCCUGACAAAUAGCAUUACUGCUCUGAGGAUUGUUUCUUGGAACCUUUGAUUGCUCUUACCAGCACAAGCCAGCAGGAAGCCCAGAAUGUGGGUGUAACUUACUUUUUUU